AUGUCUAGUGAUUCUGAAUCAUCUACAUCAUCAUCGUCUUCGACGCCACCAUCAUCGGCCUCAACCCUCGUCGCAUCCAGGCGCUCCAACCACUCUGAGGUCUGGGAAUUCUUCGAGCGGGAGAUCACCUACUACACCAAGGCGCAGAUUGAGAGCUUUGGCCCCAAGAGCAAGAUCAGGAAGAGUGCCAGACCAGACGAAGAGAGUGGUAGAUACAAGGUUGACCUUGCCUGGUGCAAACGUUGCACAGGCAAGAAGGCGUGCUACAACAUGGCAAGCGGCAGCACAACCAAUCUGUGGACACACUACACAGACAAGCAUGCGCCCAACCUCUCCAUUGCAAUGGACAAAUGGAACAUGGAAUAG